ACUGAUUUGGACAUUAUACGGCCGUCGAGUACGGUUAACGAAUGGAUUUCGCCAAAACGGCUACUGUCACCGUCAAAGGAAUCCAGCUUUAUCUUUCCACAAGUGGAGACACCAAUAGUUGUACACACAUCUCCAGAUGGAGCAGGAAAUGUCCCAGGCAGUCCGUCCACUCCGCCAACACAUCUGAAAAGGGUCCUUGAGAAACACGACAAAUUCGCCAAAGACUGCAGUGAAGACACACUGAAGGAUAACACCUUUCAGUUGCCGUACAUUGCAAUCGGUUACUUCGACCAUGAUGGUGGAAGCCUGUCCUUGGGCAAGUACAAUGUCCACCUGUACAUCCCUCGUGGCGCACUUCCCAAAGGUCGACUACAGCAGGUGUACAUCUAUGUCAACCCUAAUGCGCCACCUGUUGACGGGAUCGAUCCGUCAGAUUGUGUCUUGUCACCGAUGAUCCAGUGCGGCCCAACAGGUCUGAAGUUUCUGGCGAGCGUUGUGCUGUCCUUCCCUCACUUUGCAAAGGAGGGAAGCGGAUGGGAGCUGCGUGCACAGUUGUGCAAUGACGAAGAAGGCUCGCUCAAAACCUGGAAUAAUCUUCAUGCAAACGACGACGGCGUGCUGGUGUCGACUAAAGACAAGACCGUCGUUCUCCUGAUGAAGCAUUUCACAGGGGCAGCUCUAGUUGGCCAACCGUCCGCAACGAGCACCAAGAUAAUGAUGGCUGGGGUAUUUGGGACCCCCUUUGAUCAGUCUAAGGAUCUUUACAGUUUCCGGUUUCACCUCUGGAACAAUGAACCAGUUGUCAAACAGAAAGUUGUGGAAUCGGAAAACGAAAUGGGCUCCAAGCAGCUGGACGCUUACAGAUCACUGAUUGUCCGCAGAUCGGGAGACGUGGACGCUGAAAUCGAGAACAUGAAGCCUGGCUGGGAAAUGGCCACUCCUACUUUACAGAAACAGACGAUAUCAGUCGAAAGAAUCUGGGAGUUACCAACGGACUCUGUGACCUUUGACCUCGAGCGCCACAAUUUGAACGAGGCUCCUCAUUGCGACGCUUUCAUUUCUCAGGAAGCUUCGACUGGAGGCAGGGUACGCUUCUCCAUUAAACCAGAAAAGAGGGAGUCGAGACCAGAGACAGACAAGCCGCGUCCGUGCUACAAAUGCCGACACGAUGCAGCCCGCGAAAUCUGCCCUUCCUGUGAGGAGGCCAUGGAAUGUGUUCCAGUUCUCAAGAAUCGAGACUUGUCGGACGGUGAUUAUGGAGGCUUGUCAGAGGAGAUGGUAUGCGCCGUGUAUGGAGAACCAGACUUGGCCAGAUUGCUGGUGGGAGCGGGGCAAGCAGAUGUCGGCCAAAGCUCGAUGGAAUCACAGGAUUCAUUAACGGUCUUCUUUGGACGUCAGAGGGCGCGUGGCGUCCAAGACAGGACGGCUGUGAAGCGUCUGCUGGAAUCGCUUGAUGAGCACAUUGUGAAGAGAGUUAGGAAGGAACUACGGGUGGCAGCCCCCGAAAACUCGCCAAAAGAUGGUUCCACGUCGACGGGAAACCCUGAAGAUAGUUCUCGGCUUGCCUUGGAAAUUGCCGUCGAGCAACGCUUCCGUUGGCUUGCCACGAGGUUGGGAUCAGAAUGGGAGGCACUUGCCACUUGGUUGGGAUUGACUAACGCGGACCUGUCCAAGAUUAAAGACGAAUACAGAUAUGAAGUCAGUAAUCAGAUGUUUGCUAUGCUUGUGGAGUGGAAGCGGCAGUCUGGAAGAUGGGAUGAAAGCAUCUUAGCCGGGGCCUUGGAGAAGGCUGGACGACUUGACCUGGCACAGCAGUUCCAAGAAAUACGUACGACAUCAGGGUGUGAAGUAAUUGAGAACAUUAAGUAGUCAAAAGGGAGCAUUUUUUGAGUGAGUACUUUUUUCAAGGUAAGCACAAUAAAAGAACAGUCUUCCCAAAUCUACCGAUGUAUGAUUCGCGCGGCUUUGUUCCAAUUUGCUUCGAGUGAGGUAAUCUAGUUACACUGUUAAUCUACUAUGCGUGUAAUAACAAUCAUGGCGUUUGUAAGUUAUAUGAUAAUUCCUUUUCAAGAUUGAAUUUGAAUGAUAUGCCGCCACUUUUGAAGCCACGUGGGAUCAUUUGCAAUUACCCGGAAGGGCCAGAAAUAUAAUCCAAUUGAUUUAGUGACGAAACAUUGUUCAAAAUACAACUACUACUAAUGCUACAGGGGACUUAUAUAGCGCACGCAUCUACCAACAACUGCUCAAGGCGCUGGAAAUAGUCGACAGCGAGGGAAUGAUAUUGUCUAUUUUAAAUGGAGAAACUAAGUUCAGUUUUAAGGGCCCAUACAAUGUAUUUUUUUUAAGUUGGCAGAAUUUUCGAUCUUUU